CUAACACAGAGCGGGUGAGAGGCAGGCUUGAUGACUGUCUCACUGUUGGCGGGAAUGAUUGCCACAGCACGCCAACAUCUUCUCACUCUUUCACAGCUUGACGGAUAACUUUCUACCAUGUGCUUUGACAGUUCUGAAGAAAACAAGCUCCAACCGUCUGGUAUAUUACCUAAGCGCGAUAUGCGUCGAAAGUUGCAUCAACUCUGAAUAACUUGACAGACAGCAUCAGGUAAACCGAAUAACUCGUGCCGUGGAAUAUUUUUCUGUCAUCCGAGACUGAAAUUAUGUGAUGUGAUCAGUGUUCAGUAGCCACGGUGGUUUUCUGCACGCAAUAUGUCCAUCCGUGCCCUCAUCGACCCACGGUCCUUCGUUUGCAGUUGAAACUGUAGCGCAGUACAACGAAGUAACGCUUAGCCGGUGGACAAUAUUACCGUAACAUGGCAUGUGACUCGCAAACUGAAUUAAUGAACAUCCACAGGUGAAAGAAGGUUCCGCGGCCCUCCUGCCUGGGACACUGAAGCUUCGGUCUUUAAAGGAUUGAUAAGUAAAUGUAAUUAAUACCAAGCCAGCUGGAAAUCAAGAGCUUAACUCAGACUGAGGAGCUUCGCGAAACUUCUUUUCCGCUCAAUCCAUAAAGGUGGCUGGAGGGAGGUAAACGCAAUGGGCUUGUUUUUAUGUGAAAGGGCAAAAGCCCAGGGCGACUGGCGGACAGUUGUAGCAGACGACCAUUGAUGUGUGUUUAUGUGACGAUGGGUCAGGCGACGUCGCCUCGACUAAGGUAGUUAGAGUCGUCCCUUAAAGAGAUCGGCGGACAGGAAGCCGUACAUGCUUACUCAGGAUGUGGUCUGGUCAUCGAUGAGUGAGGAUAUUCUCAAGUGAGUGUCGUCUGCUGAUGGUAGCAGUGUGGUGAGUGACGUCUGCGUUUUCAGUCUUCUGGUCCCCGUCGCGAUAACAGAAGAAACUUCUCGUGUGUGGAUUAUGUUGAAGCGUCGACCACGAUGUUGUGAGGCAGGAGUAGACAUGGUCGUGUCGCUUCUGCUCCCUCCUAACACCUUGGAAUACCCUUAAUGUGGCGUCUACCUUUCCCGCCCAUGCACUGGAGGGAGCAGACGCCACUAUGAAGCACAUAGACAAGUCACAUGCGAUGCUUCUCGAGAACUUACGGAUUAUAUCGGAAUAUCGCAGAAAGUCCAUCGCUGAAAAUGCCAGGCGAGCAUCGGUGGCAGCACCUUCCUUCAGCCCAGAGUGGACCUCCGGGAGCAGCCAGGGCCGGGACGGAGAUCAUGGUAUGGCUGGGUCGAACCUCGGUUCCCGGGGGUCAUCUCUCCGCCACCACUCUUCACACGCCAGAAAGAGGGAUGACCCUACGUUACCUGUUCUGAGGGAAUCCUCUGCGAGGAGGAGAGAACGGGAAAUCGCCAAACAAGAGGUAAAAAUAGCUCCCAAUCCCGUAACCUCCUCCGUCCCUACCGAGGCAGAGCAGGGUCUCUCUCCCUCGACUGUGGUAAACAUGGGGGUAUUCCAUGAUGAUAACACUCUCAGUCCCGGGCGGUACUACGCGUCGUCGGAAUCCGCUCCACCGGACCCAUACACGAUCAUGAGGAGCAAACAGCUCUCCAAACGGGUAAUACUAAAUGUUGGAGGUGUGAAACAUGAAGUUUUGUGGCGCACACUGGAUCGGAUGCCUCAUACAGGCAAGCUACGGGAUUGCAACACCCACGAGGCUAUCUUGGAUUUAUGUGAUGAUUAUAAUUUAGCGGAAAAUGAAUUCUUCUUUGACCGUCACCCGAGAUCGUUUGCAUCAAUAUUAAAUUUUUACCGCACGGGGAAACUACAUUUGGUCGAAGAGAUGUGUGUGCUUUCAUUCAGCGAAGAUCUGGAGUACUGGGGAAUAGACGAAUUGUAUCUAGAAUCGUGCUGUCAACACAAAUAUCAUCAGAAAAAGGAGCAUGUGUUUGAGGAGAUACGGAAAGAGGCAGAGAGCAUUAGACAACGCGAUGAGGAGAACUUUGGGACAGGGGGGUGUGCUAAGUGGAGACAAAAGGUUUGGGAUCUACUCGAAAAACCGACAACAUCUACGGCCGCAAGGGUAUUGGCUAUCAUAUCUAUCCUGUUCAUCGUGUUAUCCACAAUCGCGCUGACCCUUAAUACCAUCCCCCAGCUGCAGGACAGACACAACCCAAGAGACCGCUCGGAUAACUCCGAGCUGGCUGUGGUGGAAGCUGUGUGCAUUGGCUGGUUUACAUUAGAGUACUUAGCCCGAUUCUGGGCAUCGCCAAACAAGUGGAAGUUUUUCAAAGGCCCACUAAAUGUGAUAGACCUUCUCGCCAUCCUACCUUAUUUCAUUUCUCUAGGAUUAACUGAAACGAACAAAAGCACAACGGAGCAAUUUCAGAAUGUGCGACGUGUUGUUCAAAUUUUUCGAAUUAUGCGAAUUUUACGUAUAUUAAAACUUGCCCGACAUUCGACAGGCCUGCAGUCUCUGGGUUACACGUUGCAAAGGAGUUACAAGGAAUUAGGCUUGCUGUUGAUGUUUCUUGCCAUUUCUAUAUUACUGUUUUCAAGUUUAGCUUAUUUUGCUGAAAAAGACCAGCCAGAGACUAAGUUUAAAAGUAUACCGGAAACGUUCUGGUGGGCAGCCAUUACAAUGACCACUGUGGGCUACGGUGAUAUAGCGCCGACCACGGUCCUGGGGAAGGUUGUCGGUAGUGUGUGUUGUAUAUGCGGUGUGCUUGUUAUUGCAUUGCCGAUUCCCAUUAUAGUGAACAACUUCGCGGAGUUUUAUAAGGACCAGAUGCGCAGAGAGAAGGCGUUCAAACGACGCGAGGCGCUUGAGAAGGCCAAAAGGACGGGCAGUAUUGUGUCCUUCCAUUCUAUCAACUUGCGCGAUGCCUUCGCUCGCAGUGUUGACCUCAUGGAGGUCAAUUCCCCCAGCCAUAAGGGAGACAACUGCGGCGGGGAUGACAGUAGCACAGACAGCAAGUGUGCGCCCAGUCCACCUCCGUGUGUUAUCAAGUAUAACCAGACGCAGUUUCCUCACACUGGCGCCGAGGACUGUGACGACGUCAAGGGGAUGCCUGUCGACAACUCCAGCACCAACAACCUCCUUGAUGCCGAUGAGGAAUCUCUUAAAAGGAUGACGUCAUCACAGCCACUCCUGAAUUGUCAACCUCAGGGACGAUAUGAACGAAUUACUCCUGAUAGAAGUUGCAUCGAAAUGAAGCAACUCUAUCGCCAGAACAGCUCGACGAGCACAGACACCUUCACGAGCUGUGUCACCCACCCACAAAACAGCCCCUCUAUAACGGGCCCACCUUCCGCAGACACGCCAAAACACAACCUCUAUGUUAACCCUUUAGAGUACACGGGGGGAUAUACCAAUCCCAAUGUCCCCCCGGAAUCUCAUGCCUACCAGAAUCUUUUCAAUGACCUCCAGAGCGACACGCAACAGGAGACGGGAUUCAACAGACCGGAAGUCCAGUUCGCUCCUUCAAACCAGGUUGUGCAGCAGUUGGAGACGGGUUUGUCCACGACGUGGGAGUGUGCCUCCGCUCAGGGCUCCCCCGUUCAGUCCUCGUCACAACCACACUCACCAUCUAAGGGACUUCUUCAAGCUAAGGUUCCGCACCCUCAGAAAUCUAGCUUUAAAAGACAUAAAUCGCUUUCUGUCGAGAAACAUCCCCGCUUCUCAGAAGUGAAGGAGAGAAGUUACUGCUCCACUGACAAUCUUCAUUCCCAGGAAUAUACGAAGCCAAAGUUGAAAUUCAGGAAGGCCGUGUCUCUCGCCAGUCGCCUUCACGCCAGCCCUGCUACGGGAAGGAAGUUGGCCAAUUACCAUCUCAUAGCCAGCACGAAAUCAGGCUGCGAGCCGACGGGCCGUCGUCUUAACUCAGAAAAACUGUCCCCGAAGCAGCGCUCUAGCCCCUCCCUAUUGGAGCCGCCGGCUACAAAAAGGAAAUCUAUUUUAAAGCGGGAUGCUGGAAACCCAGAGGACACGCAGCACUUACUGCUUGCUGCGUGUAGAGACGGAGAGUGUACGGGGCGGUUCACAAACUCUACCCAAAACAGCAAUUUAUUUGAAAACAAUAUUUUAUCUUGUCACAAACCUCAUAUCGAGAUUGAUAUUACUCCGGAGCCCCCUCCCUAUAAUAGCACGAGCUCUACUCCCGGGAUGCGUCACAUUGACAGCACGGACGAGGAGAGCCAACGUCUGACACCGGAUAGCCCCGAGCGGUCAGAAGAGGACGUUGAGUUCAGCGACAGUGUUGCUGGCCCACACAACAACGCGUUCUGGAAGCAGCUGCGUUGCCCAAGCCAAGGCUCGUCCCCUCUCAACGACACCAGUCCCUCUGACAAUCUGGAUGAAAGUUACAUUGGGUCAAAUUCUGCUGAUUAUUCGUUAUCUGACUCCAGUCUAUCCGACCCCAACCUUCUGAAGUCGUCCCCCUCCAGCGACGUGGUCAGUCGGACGGCCGGCAGCCAAAUGAGCGGCGAGGAACACACCGCCAGCAUUUACGACACCGCCGACUCUGGCCCAACUGACAGCGAUACCAAUAUGGAAAACGUUGUCAACAGUUUGCAGUCGGACGUCAGUCAGGACACGCGGGAAAACAUUCUCUUCCCAGAUUCCAGUGGCUAGUGGGGCCACCUGCUCACAAGUUCGCCAUCUUGCCACGGCGUGUGGACGGUUUGGAUGCAUUGUCGGCAGGAAAACACUUCAACCAAUCAACUUUGGUAUUAAAAGGCUUCCAGAUUGUCACGUGAUCAAUGCAAUUUUCUAAUGCCAUGGAGUGUGCUGCAAAUGACGUCACAGCUUCCAGGCAGGGGAGUGGGGUGGUUACCAUGGCGACCCUUGGCCACGCCAUUAACGUUUAUGCAAUUUCUAAAAUGUACAGUGGACAUUUUCUACAUUGGUUUUUGCCGGUUUUAAUAUGACUGUGAUCUUAGUAAGCUUAUGCGUUACUUUUAAACUCGCUUAGUAUCCACAAGCACUCAGCAAUCCAACACUUUUAAGGCCAUCUUCGUGUGAGAUCCAUAUUGUGAAUGACCUUUUUACUGCGUCACAAGACUCUUCGCAUCGACGUGCUGGGGAAACAGAGUGAUCUCGUCAGCUUAGGGCGCCAGUGCGCAGGGACGCAUACGUGACAAGCACUGUUCGGAGCACGCUUAUGACCCACUGCAACAAUCGUGUAACCCCGGAAGUUAAUAGGGGUUACCUCCCGUUGUUGCUAUUCACUCUGGUGUAAAUUCAAGUGAUGGAGCGAGUUCACAGUCCGUUAUGUUUUCUGUCAAGAUUCUUGCCACGCUCAAUUCGUUACCAGUGCAAGAGUUCCCCUUCGGUUGUUCCUCCGAUCGGGAGACAUCUUUCCUUAACCUAUGUUUAAGCCGUUCAAAGUGUUUUGCACACUGGGAUCUCGUGAGAUCUCGUUUGAACGAGAUUACGAUUUUGUUGCUUGUCCCUGUGUGCAGAGGAUGGUGUUUGAAGAUAAGUCGCUGCUUUGGAUCUCAUCUACAUAGCCGUUGUGUUGGACAACCACUGUGACCCAAUAUUACCUCAAAACUUUAACUACACAGCAAUUUAGCGAGUGAGUGAGUGAGUGAAUAAAAUACAGUCCAUAUCGAGGGUGACGCCAAAAAAUUUGCUAAACACCUUUGGUUGAUAAAAUCCGAAGUAUGGGUAUUGGGUGGACACUUUCGCCCUAGGCUCCACCUCUUACACCAACUAAAAUAUAUCUAAUGCUAAAUGGUUUUAUCUACUUGUGGACAUUUUGGCAAAUAUAUAUAACUUAAGAUCAAAGGAGGUUGGAGCUUAUCUAGUAUCUGGGGAGUUUGGUAGUCCAGUGGACUAAGAAUUACAUCCCCUGCUAGUGCUAGGAUCCACUGAUCGUGAAUGAAAUUCAAUGUUUACCCUCAUACUCGUACGUUUUAUAUCAAGCUUUAUAUGGCUUGCGUUGAUAAAAUUAACUGUUGUUCAAAACUGUGAAAUUAAACUCUAAACGGUCCAGCAUCAUAACCAAGGAGCCCAGAAGCUGAUCUGUUCGCCCUACUCACCUGCAACUGUAAAUGUAGAAGUCUCCGACUGUAAAUACUGCUGAAAGCAGUCUCAAAUCUUCCUCACUCACUCGCUAUCUAGUUACGCGUGUACGAGUUCCAAACCUCUGAUAAGGUGAGCUACAUGCCUCAGUUGUUACUUAUUAUCACAAGGAGAAGACUACACUGUUUCCAUUUUGUUAGGAAGCAAACUGCUCAUCUAAGAUUACAUACAUGUGCCUAUGUUGCUAACUACACCAACAUUGCUGUAGCUAUUGACAGCUAAGUCCGAUGAAAAUCAGGCAAUUGCCAUGGCAACCAUUCUCAUUAAAAUCAUAUCCUAGAUCUCGCCACCGCUAAAUAAAGCUGUAUUUACCUGUAGCGAGACCUAAGAUCUGAUUGUAAGGAGAUUACAAGAAAACCUGUAGGGUAACAGAAAUUGGGAUUCCAUCUGUCUCUCCUGCCUUUGUGCGUUGUUUUUUCCUUUGAUUAUUACCUAGGAAUUGACCCAAACAGCGAGUCUCAUUUGAGUAUUUGCGAUUCGUUGGCUUAACACCAUCGCAGUGAAAUCGAAAUGAAACAUUGACUUUCUUACCGCCGUCACUACUUCCGGUUGUACAGGAUAUGCUCAAAGUCUACCAGUUGACUGGUUUUGUGCUGUACCAACAAUCCGCAAAAUUUUGCCGGUGCGUUUACGAGUGAAAAAACGCUUCUUUUACAUACAUUUCGAAACGAUGUUUGAAACUGAAUUAACUAAAACUAACAAUAAUAAUCGUUGUCUACUUUUCGGUUAGUAUUCAUCAGCUAGAACACCGGAUAUCUUGGUUUUAGAUACACACAGGGGAAUACUGAGACGAAUUUUACAUUCUUGUGCUAUAUCUCUUCAUUCUGGCAAAGUCCGGACUAUAAAUGAUAUAUUGGUAGUCGCUUGAUCAAUGACUUGCUGUCGAUAGCUAUAGGUAGGAGAAAAACACGAUAUAUAUUGAAGUAUUUUAUGAGUUUAGCGUAGGAGUCCUAAAUAUGGAUAGUUCAACAUCUUGUUAGUAAGUUCUGUGAUGUGCAUCUGUAGGUCAUUGGUCAUUCCCGUCAUCGCCUGGCUCAUGUUGUACUUGCGAAUGACAUCUUUAUACGGUACGUCAUUAAGGUUCAAUGCAAAUUAUACAGGUUGCUAUGGCAGUGAGACACAACAACAACAUACCCUUGAAUCAUCGACCAUGUUUUUAAUUGAAGUAUUGUUACUU